GGCGCCGAGGAUCGCAGUGCGCGUGGCCGCGGCGGCUGGUGUGGGGUUGAGUCAGUUGUGAGACCCGGAGCUGCGGACGGGCGGGCGGCCCAGCGAGCCGGCGACAGAGCGGCGGGCGUGGGGUUCGGGAGCCGAGCGCUGGCCCCGCGUCAAGUCGGGCCGAGCCGCGCCGCAGCCGCCGCCGCCCCCCGCCCGCAGCCAGCGACCCGCCGCGGGCGCGCCCCCGCUCUGCGCUGUCUCCGAUGGCGUCCGCCUCCGGGGCCAUGGCGAAGCAUGAGCAGAUCCUGGUCCUCGACCCGCCCACAGACCUCAAGUUUAAAGGCCCCUUCACAGAUGUAGUCACUACAAAUCUUAAGUUGCGAAAUCCAUCGGAUAGAAAGGUGUGUUUCAAAGUGAAGACUACGGCACCUCGUCGAUACUGUGUGAGGCCCAACAGUGGAAUUAUUGACCCAGGGUUGACUGUGACUGUUUCAGUAAUGCUGCAGCCUUUUGACUAUGACCCCAAUGAGAAGAGUAAACACAAGUUUAUGGUACAGACCAUCUUUGCUCCACCAAACAUUUCAGAUAUGGAAGCAGUGUGGAAAGAGGCAAAACCCGAUGAAUUGAUGGAUUCUAAAUUGAGAUGUGUAUUUGAAAUGCCCAAUGAAAAUGAUAAAUUGGGUAUUGCUCCGCCGGGGCCGGCCCUGGCUGUCGCUCCGCCGAGCAGCAUCAACAGCACAGUUGCAGCACCUGCCAGUUAUAGCGCGAAGAAUGAGCCCAGGGCACUCAGUGUGUUCAAACAGGAGAAACAGAAGAACGACAUUGAACCCAGCAAAGCUGUUCCCCUGAACGCUGCGAAGCAGGACGGGCCCGUGCCAAAGCCACACAGUGUUUCCCUCAAUGAUACUGAGACGAGGAAGCUCAUGGAAGAGUGCAAGAGGCUCCAGGGAGAGAUGAUGAAGUUAUCGGAAGAAAACCGACACCUGAGAGAUGAAGGCUUAAGGCUCAGAAAGGUAGCACAUUCGGAUAAACCUGGAUCCACCUCAGCUGCGUCCUUCAGAGAUAAUGUCACCAGUCCUCUUCCUUCACUUCUUGUUGUAAUUGCAGCCAUUUUCAUUGGAUUCUUUCUAGGGAAAUUCAUCUUGUAGAGUGAAGCAUGCAGAGUGCUAUUUCUUUUUUUUUCUCUUGACCAGAAAAAGAUUUGUUUACCUACCAUCUCACUGGUAGUGUGGCCCACAGUGACCAUUCUUUGUGUGUACAGCGUCAUAUAGGCCUCGCCUGUAACAGUCUCACGGUUAGAAACACAGUAAGAGCAGAGUGUUGGGCUCCCGGACAGCGUGAACGUCACCAGACCAUCCCUAGCAGGUGUCAUUGCACAUUCAGUCCUUUAUGAAAUUCAUAAAUAAAGAAUUGUUCUUUCUUUGUGGUUUUAAUAAGAGUUCAAGAAUUGUUCAGAGUCUUGUAAAUGUUAUUUUAAUAAUCCCUUUAAAUUUUAUCUGUUGCUGUUACCUCUUGAAAUAUGAUUUAUUUAGAUUGCUAAUCCCACUCAUUCAGGAAAUGCCAAGAGGUAUUCUGUGGGGAAAUGGUGCCUCUUACAGUGUAAAUUUUCUCCUUUACCUUUGCUAAUAUCAUGGCAGAAUUUUUCUUAUCCCUUGUGAGGCAGUUGUUGACUGAGUUUUUCAUCCUUCCAACCCUGUCCCAUGGUAUUUAACACAAAAAUAAUAAAACUGUUAACAGAUUCUUGCUCGA